GCAUGUUUUCGGCGCUGAAGUACGCACUCAUAAUUUCUGCAAGAAACACUCUCGCAAAAAUGCACUACAGUUCGGGUGUCAUGCUUCGCCUUUCGCCCAGUUCCAAAUGUUCUUUUGAAAACCCGGUGCACGUGACCGUGAGUGGUUUAAAUCCACAACAACACGUUGAAUUGCGUUCUAAAAUGACGGACGACAAAGGAGUCGUUUUCAAGGCUUCGGCCAUUUACAGGGCAGACGACAGUGGACAAGUUGACCUCAACUGUCAUUCCUCCCUUGGUGGCAGUUAUACUGGUAUUGAACCAGCAGGCUUGUUCUGGGCAUUGAAAGCCGAAGCCCUAAGCAGCAAGUUUGUAAAAAAGGAUGUGACUCGACCUUCUUUCGUUGACAUUGAAGUUUUGAGCAAUGAUAAAGUUAUCGCCAAAGUGACAAACGAGAGACAUUGCAUGGCUGACGGCGUCCGGAGAGUUCCUGUAGCCGAAGGAAGAAUCAGAGGAACUCUUUUUCUUCCUCCUGGUACAGGACCGUUUCCUGGGAUUUUGGAUACAUAUGUAUUUAAAGGAGGUCCUUUUGAGUUGAGAGCAGCUCUGCUGGCAAAGAAAGGGUUUGCGGUGCUUGCCUUGGCUUUCCAAGGUUACCAAGACCUACCCCAAAAAGUGGAAAAGUUUGACCUUGAGUACUUUGAAGAGGGAAUAACAUUCCUAAGGCAACAGCCUGAGGUCAAAGGUCAAAAAAUUGGCCUACUGUCUAUAUCAAAGAGUGGAGAUCUCUCUUUGUCAAUGGCAUCCUUUCUGCCUGGUAUAUCGGCUAUUGUUUUGAUCAAUGGAUGCAAUGCCAAUACUUUGGUCCCUCUUCAGUACAAAGACAUCUGCCUUCCACCCCUUUUGUUCAAUCUCAAGAGAGCAAAAAUGACACCAUUAGGCUUUUUAGAUGUUGGGGAUGUUAUGCAUGACCCUAUGUCCAAAGAAGGCCUUCCUAGUGUCAUUCCUAUUGAACGUGCUACUUGUAGCUUUAUGUUUAUAAUGUCAGAAGCUGACAGGAAUUGGCGAAGUGCCUAUUAUGCCACACUAGCAUGCAACAGACUCCAAGAACAUGGCAAAAAUAACUACGAGCUGGUGAGGUAUGAAAAGGCGGGUCACUUUAUUGAGGUGCCCUAUAUGCCUUUUUGUCCAGCUGCUUUCCAUGCUGCAGUAGGACAAGUGGUUUUCUUUGGCGGGGAGCCCAAGGCCCACGCAGAGGCACAGUUGGAUGCGUGGGCGAAGAUUCAGAUUUUCUUCAAAAAACACUUAGUUGGUGCUGAUCACAACUGCACAUCUAUGCUUUGAAAACGGGGCACAUACAUUACAUACACUCAAAAAAAUUUGCUUUCACUAUUGUCAGUUUUACUCAAUCCUCCCAUGUUCAUAUUACUCAAAGAAUUAAUGUUACCAAGGGAACUUAAUUAACUUGUUCAAUUUAAGUUUAUACUUAAUCAAAUUGCAUUGGGACAGCAUGAAUGCUCUCUGUUUGGUGAGCUGAAACAUGGCAGAGGUUUUCUAGUGUUUGUUGCAGGCUGUGUUUGGGACUUGACAGGCAGAGUACAUGUUAAAAUUAUGUGUUAUUUUUAUGUCUUUGUGUCACAAAGAUGAAUGUAAAGUGGUGAUUUGUUAGUAUUUAAUGAUGUUAUGAUGAGAUUUAGAAGCAUUACUAUUAAUUUGUAGUUUUGUGUACUGUAAAUUUGUUUUUAAUGCUAAUUCUAAGCAGUUAUUGUUUUUUGUAUUAUUUAUGUGUGUAUAUAUAUCAAUGUUGGUGGAUGGUAUACUGAUCAACAUACAUGACUAUGUAAGGCUGACAUCAAGAGGUCGUAAAAGUCAAAUAACUCUGCGAGAACCAACGUCAUGAAACUCUCACACAGAUGAACAUCUCCACCCAAGAUAACACUCCUUACUUGCUAAGGACCAUACACCGCAAAUCCCAUUUUGACCUCUAUCUCACCUAAGGGCAAUUUAGAAUGACAUCCUUUUCUGUAAUAUAAGAGGUUUUCUGUUCAUACAUGUUUGAUAUCAUACAAGAGGUUGCAGUGCGACUGGUAAGGUGGUCUCAUUCCCUUUUCAGAAAAACCAAAUCUCCAUUAAGAUUUUAGAACUUAACAGAAUCAUGCACUAUAUUAGAGACAUGUCCCUCCCAAAUCUCCCACAGGGACCACAUGCUGUAUGCAGAUUAGGUAUAUUCUUUGUAAGCAUCAAAGGACCUAAUCAAUCACAAAUUUCAAAGGUUUUUGCCAAAUGCUGUAUAAUUCUGUAGGUCUGUCCCAUCCCUGCUUGUAUGUUAAUGAAGUAUGUCCCCAGGACUUCCAAACCUAACCACUGCCAAAAUCCCCUUUGUCCAUGGUUUGGGUAUUUAAGGAAAGGUGACACAUUACUAAGGGCUCUCUGUAAUCAGACGAUCCCAAACAGUUUACUGUUUGUAAUUUAUUUCAGGUCAUAGCAAUUCGAAUUUCUUACGUUUUGAUCAAAUGUCUAACUUUGACUUAUCACUGUCUAAUUGGAAUUGAUGAAUUGAUUAUGUUACCUGAUCAAUAAAUUGUCAACAUUUGAUUUUAUUCUGACUGAAUCUGACAUUGUGUUUCCCAAACAGAUUAAACGAUUCGUAUGUUACCGCAAGUCUGCGUCAGAUUAGUGACGACUAAUAUUUGGCAUCGAUUCAAGUGUACUUGGUUUGCAAAGACAAAAAGGGAAUUUCCGUUUAGAACAGCAAACGCUGCUUGACCAAUCUAAAUUUGGGUGUCUAACCUCUGUUUUAAUUUGAUGUUUCUCCAGAUGUGUACGUGGGAAACCACGCAUGGCCAAUCCAAAGCUAUUAUAAGGGAAGUUAUGUUGGUCAACUUACGAGUUGGUAAUAGUGGCCGUGACCUCUACUGAAGAAAACGUUAAGUUACAUUCAAGUGUAUGCAAUUCCAUGGGGCUAUACUGAAGUAUCUUUGAUUGUGUGAACUUGAACGUGACCGAUCUCAGGUAUAUAGCAAUUACCUCUGUUUGAUGAUCCAAUACUGGCCGCUUGUGAUCGUGAGACCCGCGGUGUAGAGAAACACGCGAGGAAAAAAAGCGACAUAGUUUCUUAAUCUAAACGGGUAAAGUAUAAUUAAAGAGUUAAAGGAAUAAUCAAACAUUCGCUCACUUUUAAUGAUACUCAGAUAUCAUUAAAAACCUUUUUCAUUUAUGGAGUCAGAUGAAUAAACGAGGUAAUACAUAAGAGAAAAUGUAUUUCAUUUAAUCUUGUUGUGUUGCGUACAGGAAUAGGCACGCGCAGGGACCUUCACCCGUAUUAUUGGAGACCGUCAUUGGACCGAUAAACGGGCUUACAACUAUAGGAAUUUUCCAUGCUAUAAAACUAGAAAAAAAUUACCUUCUGACUGGACUUGAUGUGAAAUCAUCUCACAUGAUGAAUAGACCUGAAUGCUGUUGAUAUUUUUUUCCCCUGAUUUAUAAACUUGUUUCUUUUUAUGAUGAAAAUGUAUGUGAUUCUCUCUUUGUGAACCCUCAGAGGUACUUGUUGCAGAUCUUGUGGAGAGUAUUUUGGCAAAGACACACUCCAGAGGGCCAUUUCAUUUAACCUGUACUACUUAAAGGAGGCUCUUAAAUGUUCGUGUUGAUUAAAAAAAAGUUAUUUAUACAGGAACUGUUACAAUAGAUUUUGUGCAUGCCAUUCCCAUGAAUUGAUGAGUGAAUUCAGACGUGAAUCUCAGAAUGAGCAGGCCCACAUAGAAUAAGAAAUGUGGAUUAUUCAUUGGUACUGCAACUAGGCCUGUCAAAACGACUGAUAUGGUUAGUUUCUAAUCUUUUUUUUUUUCUCAGCAGACCAUCACCAAAUUUAAUUGGCUGUUUAGUUUAGAGAGGUUUCCCCUGUUGCAUAUAUUCCAUGCCUCUUUAACAUUACAUCAAAA